AAAAUCAUUUUCACCAGAGUAAUAUUCAAUUAUGCGACGGCGCAUGAUAACAGUCAUUAUUGCCUACUUUUUUUAAGGCCUGGUGUCGUGGCUUUAUUACUCGGAAUCACUUAAGAAUGUUGGAUCAAUCAGCGACAACGAUACAGCGGCACUGGCGAGGUUUUAUGGCACGUGAAUUCGCGAGAUCUCAUCUCAUGGAUCAGGUGACGAAAAUGUGGUGGGAGCAUUAUCACCGGUGUGCUACGAAGAUUCAAGCACUUUGGCGUGGUCACAAAGCUCGCAAAAACGGCGUUAGUUUUCCAAAGUACCGCCGAUGGUUGCAGUCGGUCUAUGACAAGAACACUGAGACGUCGACGAGGAUGAAAGAAUUUCGCGAUUCAGAAUCGGCGUACAUGAGGAAACUCAUGGAGCGUGAAUCCAUGCUUUGGAUCCUGUUCAUUCUCUUCAAGCUGCACCAUCUUCUGAGUACCGAGUCUCAGCCAGGUGUCCUAGCGCGCAUUGACAAAACGAGGUUCACAAUGAUUGAGAAAAUGAUGCGAAGCCUGGAGUAUACCCUCUACGUGGAGAAGCGGCGUCUAAAAAAGUGCAGGGUCCGACCACCGGAUGCGCAGCCUCUGCUCUUUGAAGGGACGUAUUUUGAACGGUGCGAAAAAGAAAUUCGGGACUUGGAGCGAAGCUUGGAACUUGGCAACGGCUCCAUUCGCAAAGGCGAGUGUGUUCUGCUUUAUUUGAAGACCUCUGUUUCACAAGUACUAAAAACCUCUGAUACUCGUAGGCAUAUCUUAUGAGGAGCAAGAAAGGUGUUUGAAAAAUGUUCAAAGACUUCGGACACAAUCGGAGUCUGGAAAAUUCGGCACUAAAUUGCCGUUCAGAACAGUCACUCGUUGCACGGCCCCAUGCAGUUGGGAUACAUCCAUUCGAGUGACAACGGGUGUUUACGAACCGCCAAAAUAUGGGUUUACGACACUCAGAUUACCGCGUGACAAGUCUAAGGAACUUCAUGGCGAUUUCAAAGUUGUUCUGAAACCGAAAGAAUUGUACGAAACCAUCGACAAGAUGAAAUGUCCAUUUGCUAGGCUCGAAAUGAAAUGUCCCAUUCACGAUUUCACCACUCUGUAACAAACUGUAAAACCGUAGUUGCCCCCCCCCUUUUCGCGUUUUUGACCGUAUUGGAACUAACGAUAAGACUUCUGCAACUUAUUCAUUCGAAAAUCUUCCGAAGUCAGAUUAGAAUUGGCGUUAAUCGAAAAUUAUCCCGACGUAUUCUGAAUAGUUAUGGCGACAUUCACAUUAAAUAUUACAGCGUUACCAUUAUUCAAAAUUUCAAACGAUUUAUGAGAACUCGUAUUUCAGUGAAGUUGUGUGAAAUUUUUCU